AUGCGGCUUCUCUACUAUAACGCGCUGAGAAGGCUUGUCUUGACAGACUUCCGCGGCAAGACGAUCCCGCCCUACGCCAUUCUGUCGCACAGAUGGAGCGCCUACGAGAUUCUCAUCGAAGACAUAUCGAAUGGAACCUACAAGGAGAAGGAAGAAGGCUAUCGAAAGCUCCAGUUUUGCGCUGAACAGGCGGCCCAGGACGGGCUGCAGUACUUCUGGAUCGACACAUGCUGCAUCGAUAGAUGGAACCUGCGCGAGCGCUCGAAAGCAAUCAACUCGAUGUUUCAGUGGUACAAGAAUGCGACACGAUGCUACGUCUUCUUGUCAGACGUGUCAGUGGCGACUGCAACAGAGCCGGUCCAACGCAGCGACUGGCAGGCAUCAUUCCGUGCAAGCGCAUGGUUCACUCGGGGAUGGACGCUCCAAGAGCUGAUUGCACCAGUGUCAGUCGACUUCUUCUCACGUGAAGGAUAUCCUAUAGGCGACAAAGCGUCGCUCGACCAGCUUAUCCACGAGAUCACCAACAUCCCGCUCGCGGUGUUGCGUAACUGUCCUUUAGACGAGUUUAGUACAUCCAAGCGAGAGAGAUGGGCCAAAAGUCGCGAAACAACAGAAGACGAAGACAUUGUUUACUGCCUGCUUGGGAUUCUUGGUGUUUCUAUGCCCACCGCGUAUGGCGAAGGACAGAAGAGUGCACGACGCAGACUGCAGGCGGAAGUAAAGGCAGCUGCUAACGCACCGUCGAUAAUUCCAUUCUCACAAAACCCCCGCUUCGUAGGCCGAGAGUUACAGCUCACUGAGCUAGAAGCAAGGCUCUUCAGCAACGAACACACCACUACCACGCUAGCAAUCGUUGGCCCUGCCGGAACAGGCAAAUCGCAGCUUGCGCUCGAGGUUGCACACAGAACAAGGCAGCACAACAAGAAACGCUCGGUCUUUUGGAUGGACGCGAGCGACAAAGACAGUCUCUACCAGUCGUAUGCAAGUGUUGCGCAGAAACUUAGCGUUCUAGGCUGGGACGACGAUCAAGCCGACAUGAAGCAGCUUAUAAAACGCUGUCUAGUAAAGAUUAGUGCUCGACAAUGCUUGCUGAUCUUCGACAACGCAGAGCACACCACUAUGCGAUCUAGCGGCUCGUCUACGACAGAAGCCGCAGACCUAGCCGACUGUCUACCGCAGUCUAAGCUAUGUUCUAUUAUCUUCACGACAACGAACAGCGACUCAGCUCAGGCGCUCGGUUCACAGAACGUUGUAGAGCUGCGAGAGCUAAAACUAGACGCGGCGCUGGGGAUGCUGCAAGUCAGCUUGGAGAGGCCAAUCACAAACGCUGAGCAGCAAGAAGCCGAGCACUUGCUGAGAGAGCUAUCAUAUCUGCCUCUAGCAGUCAUGCAAGCAGCGGCCUGUAUGAAGGCUAGCGGUAUGACGGUGCAAGAGUACCGAUCACGACUAGACGAUUAUAAAGAACUCACUACUAAGCACAGCGAUGACUCGUCUAGGGGUAGACUACAAGAUACUAGCGUGAAAGACCCCGUAGCUGCUGCGUUGUUUGUCUCUAUAGACCAGAUCAGUCGUAACAAUGUGUUUGCCGCAGACUGUCUGUUUCUUGCUGCAUGCGUAAACCAGAAAGAUAUCUCGCUUGAUCUUCUAGAGGCAGCCUCGAUGCAAGCAAGAGAAGAUGCUAUCAGGGUACUUAACACGUAUGCGCUUGUCACUAGACGACCUGCUGAGUCUGCGUUUGAUAUUUAUCGACUAGUCCACCAAGCUCUACGCAAGCGGCUGCAAGUGGAGGGGCGGCUUAUGCAAUGGACUCAACGCACGACCGCACAGCUACUUCAGGUGUUCCCAGGCAGCGAUCAUAGUAACAGAAGCAAGUGGAGACGACUGCUUCCGCAUGCCCAGUAUGCUCUGUCGCAUAGUCCGGCGGACGAUGACCACGAGGCAAGAUUACGCCUUGCAUCAAAAUGUGCUACGACUCUGUUUAGUGACGGACGGUAUGAGGAGGCUGAAGAGCUGCAGGUGCAAGUGAUGCAGGCGAGGAAGAGAGUGCUUACCAACGAGCAUCCUAUGACGCUGAAAAGCAUAGGCAACCUAGCGGCGACAUACUCAACCCAAGGGCGAUGGAAGGAGGCCGAAGAGCUGCAGGUGCAAGUGAUGCAGGCGAGGAAGAGAGUCCUUACUGAUGAGCAUCCUAGUACGCUGGAAAGCAUGUCUAACCUAGCGGCGACGUACGGGAACCAAGGGCGAUGGAAGGAGGCCGAAGAGCUGCAGAUGCAAGUGAUGCAGACGUUUAAGAGAGUGUUUAACGACGAGCAUCCUAGUACGCUGACUAGCAUAGCCAACCUGGCGGUGACGUACGGGGACCAAGGGCGGUGGAAGGAGGCCGAAGAGCUGGAGGUGCAAGUGAUGCAGGCGAGGAAGAGAGUGCUUACCGACGAGCAUCCUCACACGCUGACCAGCAUGGCCAAUCUCGCGUUCACGCUGCAGUCACAAGCUCGUAACAAGGAGGCUCUUGCACUGAUGGAAAGAUGCUUCCAGCUACGUAAGCAGGUUCUUGGCGAGCAACACUCUGAUACACAGUCUUCGCUCAACAUGCUUACCAGCUACCGAGCGGAGUAUAAGUAA